AUGGAGGCAGCUGGAAUCGAAAUCGAUGAGCAUGAUAAUGGUCAGCCAUAUAAACCGGAGGAUAUCGUCAUACUAAGCGAUGGGAUUUGCUCAUCGGCAUGCGCACUUUUCAUGGAACUCAUGCAUCAUGAAGCAGGAGUACGAACCGUCGUAAUAGGAGGCCAGCCCAGCUAUGGGCCGAUGCAGGCACCGAGUGGAACCCGCGGCGCAGCAGUUUACAAGGCUGAGAAUAUGCAUCAAGACAUCGAUCUGGCGCGAGACAUCGACAACUCGAUGCAUGUGGACUUACCCAACCGCGCGCAUGCAUUCUUCAUCACUACCGCCACAGUCAACCUCCGGGACCAGGUCCGGCACACUGAUACCUCCGCCACUCCCUUGCAAUUUCUCUAUGAAGCCGCGGACUGCAGAAUAUUCUUUAUUCCCGAGACCUGGUACAACUACACCAACCUCUGGAAGUAUGCUGCAGACGCGAUAUGGCAGAAACCAGCGCUUUGUGCCAAAGGCUCAAGGACGAACCAUACCCAGUCCAAUCAUCCUUCAGUGCCAGGCAAAUCUUACAAUGCAAGCAGUACUCUGUCAAAUCUGGCGGCCUCUCAAUCAGACGAACAACCCUCAAGCAUACAAGACAAAUCCAACUUUAUCCUGGACAAAGACGAGCCAGUAGUUACGAAAGAGGGAUAUGCAUGCCAGAGCGACUAUGAUUGUUCGCUUGGAGUUUCCGGAGCAUGUUGGGAAGUCGACGUUUGUAUAACCGAGUUGAGAAAAACGACAUCGAAACAACCCCGAGGCUUUAUGAAACCUAAAAAGCAAAAGCGAUGUGUCACAACCUGCACCCAGCAAAACGGGAACCGUGAUUGCUCUGGUGGGAGAAUUUGCCUUAACGGUGGUUAUUGUGGAGUCGGUUCAGCCCUCUGCAAUGGCCUUGCGUCUCAGUACAACAGUGCCAAUUACUUCAUUUGCUAUGGCACGUAUGACACUCUUACGUGCUAUGAUAGGAACUGGAAGAUAGUGAGAACAAUGGCAGUUGAGUACCAGAUGCCUUACUCGGCAAGCUCCCCUGUUCUCUAUGCUGAUGGAAUCCAUAAGUGUUGUUGCGGGGACAGAAAUCGUAUCUGCAUGGACAACUCCAAACCACCCUGUACACCAACGAACAACAGGCUUGUUUGUGUUUGCUCAGACAACCAGAGUUGUCCGUUGAACAAAGCGAAUUGA